CAAGGUUCUGAUUUGUAGGGUUUGGAGAAUUCGGUUGAUUUCGAUAGAAAAAGUAUCAAUUUUGUGCGUGGAUUCGGGGGAUGCUGCUUUAUUAUGAGUGGAUUUCAUGUGUUUAUUCAAAUUUUCCGAGUAUUCUGUAUUUCGAUUAUCUCUUACCAGGGUUAAUUCAAGUUUCAAUUGAAAAAUUGGAUCUGGGUGCUUGAGUUCGUUCAACUUAUUGAACUUUUUGCCAAGUGGAUUUGUUUAUAUAAAUUUGCUGAAAGUUUUCUUGUGGUGUGCAAAUAUUAAGAUUUGAUUUUGAUGUUGGGGCAUGGGAUUUUCAUGUGAAUUUGAUAAAAGUGAUGAAGGUGUAGAAAAAUUAGGGUCUUAACUAUUGGGAAUCAUAGAAAAGGAGGCCUUCAUUGAAUAGGCUUAAAAAUGAAAAGAGGGAAAGAUGAGGACAAAAUUAUGGUGCCAAUGUUUCCAAGGCUUCAUGUGAAUGAUACUGAUACGGGAGGGCCAAGAGCACCUCCAAGAAACAAGAUGGCCCUUUAUGAGCAGCUCAGCAUCCCUUCACAGAGAUUCGGCCAUGGGGUGUUGCCCUUCAACCCUACCUACACUUCUAACCUAGAGCCUUCUGCUUCUUCAAGUCAGUUGUGCAUUCAGGGGACCGGGAAGGAAAGGAGUAAGUUUUUCUCACGUCAGCUGCCUCCUAGACAUCAAGCUGAAAAGUCACACAGCCAAUAUUCAAAUUUGAGUACCGUGUUAACACAAGUUCAGCAGAAAAAGAAGUUAGAUGAAGAUGAUUUUACAGUUCCCAUCUUCACUGAAUCCCAUCCAAAUCAAGAUCAUGAUAAAUAUUUUAGUAAUUUGGAUGCAAAAGAAUUCCCUCCCUCCAACUGUGACGAUACCAAUCACACAUUGAAAUUUCCAAAAGUUGCUGAUAACGAUCUAAAACAGACUAGCAUGGCUGUAGGAAGUAGCAAUCGAGGAGGAAAAUGCCUCAAAGAAGUGAAUACGAGAGAUUUUGUGGCUGCUCAGGAGCAGAUGGAUAAAGCCCUCUUAAAUUUAUCAUCAAUAAAUAAAACUGAAGGUCAGAGGAAACAAAUUGAUGGGUCUCAGUCUGAUGAACCAAGAGAUAAUCCAGCUAAUAGUAUCGUCAGAUUACAAAAGGUUGAUAAUAAUAUAAUUCCAGAGUUGUUUGCCAAGUCACAACCUGCAGGCUUUGUCCACAGUAAUGAUGUUAUGAGGGAGUCUAGUUUCAGCAUAAAUAAUAGACAUUCUUCUUCGUUCAGGGAUUUCCUGUUAGAAGAGCAAAAUAUUAUUCAUGAUCUGAGUGAUAUGACUUCACAUGAAAAAAGUUCAUGUAGCUCGCCACAAACGGAAAAUAUUGACAUGGGCGACAGUGUGUCUGAGACUUCUAUGGUGGAUUCUUUAUCUGGACUGGAUAUAUCUCCUGAUGAUGUCGUAGGAAAAAUAGGCCAGAAACAUUUCUGGAAUGCCAGGCGAGCUAUUACCAAUCAACAGCGUGCUUUUGCAGUUCAAGUGUUUGAGUUGCAUCGACUAAUAAAGGUUCAGAGAUUGAUUGCCACGUCGCCACAUCUUUUGCUUGAGAGCACUGCUUGUUUGGACAAACCCAUAAAUAUUUCUCCUGUGAACAAACUUCCAUUAGAUUAUAUUGCUAAAGCGCCCCCAAAUAUUUCCAAGCGCAAAAGCAACUCCGAGAAGCCAAAUACCGAGAUUGAAUGCUCUGCUGAGAAUACUGUGGGAAGGAUGCCCCUUUCUUCCACGCAAAAUGGUAGUCGACCAUCAACUUGCAGGCCAUUUUUGGGAAAUCCUCUAUCACCAGCUGCAAGCAGUGACCAUAAUUCUGAACCGUGGUAUUUUAAUCAGGCACAGGGGCACCAGUGGUUGAUACCUGUGAUGUCUCCUUCUGAAGGACUAGUAUACAAGCCAUACCCUGGACCGGGAUUUAUGGGUCCUGUCUGUGGACCUCCAGGAUUGGCUCCAUGGAUGAGUAAUUUCUCAACUCCCGGAUAUGGAGUUCCUGCGUCAAAUCAUCAGUAUCAUCAAGUGCCAUCCUUCCCUCCUGCCUGGCCUCAAGGUUACUUCCCAACUUAUGGGAUGCCAUUCGCUAAUCCAGCCUUCUCAGGUUCAUCUGUUGAACAAACGAACCACUUCAAUGUCCAACAUCAGAACUCUUGCAAUAUGCUGAGACAGACGAAAGAAGCCGUUCCCAAUGUUAUAAAGCCGCAUGCAGCUAAGAAUAAUGAACUGCAGACGAGCACAGCCAGUAGUCCAACAGAAAGACCACAGUGCAGUCGAGAAGGAUACGCCGUGGUAGGAACAAACGCACUUCAACUUUUACCCACAUCUGCGGCUGUCAGUGUCCCUGAUUGUAAUAUUCAGUCUGCCGAACCUGAAUGCCCUGCUCGGGUGAUCAAGGUUGUGCCUCGAAAUGCCAGAUCAGCAACGGAAUCUGCUGCUCGAAUUUUUCAAUCAAUACAAGAAGAGAGGAAACAGUAUGAAUAAAUGUAGCAUUGUCAGCCGGUCCUGCUCGUUCACAUUUAUUCGUUUGAUUGAAAUUAAAGUUUUACUUAUUAUACUGUUCUGACAGUUCAAUCUUGUUGAAUACUAUGUACUAACUGUACACUUGGUGUUUCGGAUCUCAUUUUGCCUUUAAAUGUUCGGCGAAUUUUAAUUUUCA